AAGAGAAGAAGAAGAAAAAAGUCAACCCGAUUACACUGAUCACUGAUCUUUAGUCUGUGUCUCCGUCUCUCCAGUAGCUGGAGAUUCACAAAAGGAAGCUGAUCCCAGGUCAGUAAGCAGAUGAAGGUGUUUGCCAGAAGUAAUGAGAACAAUUUCCGUUUCUCUCGUGGAUCCUGCAGGCAGCUGCUGCUCUGUCACAUACAGACAGAAACUAUAAACACAAGGUUCAGUCAGACCACAGGACAGUUCAGCAGCUCCCACUUCCUCAUCGAGUGUCGAAGUCGAGCGAGUGAGCGAACAUGAGUGACUUCCUGUGACGCCUCUGUGUCUCUGGUCAACAAGUGUACUCACAUCACUCUGCUGCUGCAUGGAAAGACACGUCGCAUCAAGAGGGAAGCUCUUCGGUGAAUCUACGCCGGCAGUCAUCUCCAGAAAGUGGAUCCAGACCUGCUCAGUUAUUGUUGAAAAGCUGUGAUGCUGAUUUCAGGCAGUUAGGGUUGUGUGUGUUUGGGAUUUUUCAGCCAUGCUACAGCAGUCAGAGCUCAUCUUUGACUUUGCCAGUGACCAUUUUGCUGCCAUGCCACAGCUGGGGGGUCACUCAGAUUACCCCGCAGUGAUUGUGGAGCAGGUUCCACAUCCACACCUGCUCUCAUAUACAGGUCUGGCAUGUGAACAGUCGCAGCAGGGGGAGGAGGAGGAUCACCAGCAGCUGCUUAAAGUGGAGCCAUAUGAAAGUGGAGAGGAGGAGACCAUGGAGACACUCGUUGCCGCCGACUCGCUUCUCAACAUGGACUGUGCCGACACCCUCUCCAUGGAGCACUACUCCCAGACCUUCCUGCCAUCACUGGGAGACGUCAUCACCAGUCCUGUUACCCAGGUGACCGUGUCGGCAGAGGGGGUUGUGGGAGCUGUUGACCAGCCACAGUGGCACUCGUUACACACAAAGAAGCCUGCUGCACAGUUGCAGUCUAAAAAGAGAGGUAGAAAACCUCGGCACCGGAGGGCAGAGUCUCCAACACCAGAUAUUACAGUAAAGAAGGACAAAUACAACAAAGGAGGAAACACCCUUUACCUGUGGCAGUUCCUGAUGGAGUUGCUGCAGGACAGACAAGUGUGUCCCCGCUACAUCAAAUGGACGAAUCCUCACGCAGGGAUCUUCAAGCUGGUCAACUCAAAGGCGGUGGCCAGGCUCUGGGGAAAACACAAAAACAAGCCUGAUAUGAAUUAUGAGACAAUGGGCAGAGCACUCAGGUACUACUACCAGAGGGGCAUACUGAAUAAGGUGGAAGGCCAGCGCCUCGUCUACCAGUUCACCUCUCUGCCCAAAGACAUGAUCUACAUCACAGACGGAGAUUGCACCAAAGAUGAAGAAGACGACGAUCACGACGACAACAGCGGCAACGACGAAGGUGUGAGCGAUGACUCAGACAGCACGAUAUCAUCUAGCGACCAAUCAGUGGAGGAGGAGGAUGAUCACCCACCGCAGAAGAAAAUGUCGUCCGUCUCUGUCCUCCGAGCCGCGGCUUCGCAACGCACCCGAUCCGCUCCCAGACCCUCAGCUCAGCGCGACACUGUGCUGCGACCUGCCAGCACCAGUUUGAUCCAGGAGCAGCAUUUGCCCAUCGUGUCUGCUGAGAUGCUGCGGACGCUCCAGAACCUGCAGAAGGUCCAGUCGCUGCAACCCGCCGGUCACGCCUCGGUCUUCAAAACGGCUCAGCUGCUGGGGAGUCUGUGCGAGCGGCAGGCUGCUGCUGAGGUGGCUGUGGACAGGGAAGGUGCAGCGCAGAUGAAUGAUAAAAAGUCACAUCCAGGACAGAAAACUCCACAGCUGGUGCCUCUAACAAGCUCUGACCAAUAGAAAAGACCCAAAACCACACAGAUGCCCAUACACUCCACUGACUCAGGACCACUUAGAGAGCUGCACUUUGCUACGGCAUUGUCAUCACACCAGUGCCGAUAUUUGUGGAAGUUUUGAUCUAGAAUUGCGUUUGAGAGGAAACAAAUGGUGAUUCUAGGUCAGAGCUUCCUCGUUACAUCUGGCAGCAACCAAAAUCUAACUGCCUUUCUAAGUAAAGACACCUUGCCCUUUAAUUUCAGCCUUUCUCUGUAGCUCUUUACUACACAAGACACCAAAGACAGACAUGCACUGGAAUCUACAGCCUCUGCAUUUUCUGCAGACACAUCUCCUGCUUGCACUUCAGCUCCAGCAUCAUGGAGCUAAUUGUCUGAUCACACUGUGCCCUUCUUCUCUGCCUUUACUCUUGCUCUCUUCCACUUUGUGUUGUGUUUUUUUAUGCUGUCACAUGCUGAAUCAUUCCUUUGCCUUAAAAAUGGCUUUGCACUAAUGUUUAACCCUGCUGUAUGUUUCUUCUCUAAGUGCCUCAGUCCAUCCUGUCCCUGCUUCCUCUAUUCUCUGUAGUCAUGAAGUUAUUGAGGGAAAACAUUCCAUGUUGUUAUUUUUUUUAUGAUUACUGCAUUGUGUUUGUGACAUGUUUAAUACAAGGGAUCACUGUUAUUUGUAGAAUAGUAGUUUAGCACUGUUUAUGUUUUUAGUUUGUGUAUCUGCACCGUGGGCCUUUCCUUUCUUGACAAUCACCAGUGAAAUAGUCUUGUAGCCAUCUUGCUGCCUCUCGUUAUAGUGCUACCAUUUAGCCUUUCUGCAAUGCGUACAUUCUGUUGAGUUAUUGCACGUAUAUAAAUGCAUAUAUGAGAUUCUAAAUCAUUGGUAUCUAUAUGUGUUGUAUGUUGUAUACUAUAUGUGAAAGUGCUUUGUUGCCAUUUUCUCCCUCAGGUUUAUAAACGUCUUUGUGCUGCACAGAACAUAUACUCUAUGCAAAGAGUAAAAAAGUGGCCCUUAAUAGUGAAGUAAUUCGUUCAAUAUCUCCUCUUUAGUUGGUCUUAGGUUUGCCUUAAAAAAAAACAGCCUCCAAAGUUUACCUUUUUCCAACUGACUUUGCAGGAAUUAGGCUAGCUUGUUGUGGGCUAAACUUUUAGGAGAUGCUUAUACUGUAACUGUGCCUUUGUCCAAUGGGAACCCCCUAUGCAAAACUGCUAUUUGAAGCCUUCAUUUUAAAUUACCUUCACUUUGCUUUAUCUGCAGGUUUCUUGAUACUGUUUUACUGAUAUGGAUUUGUCAGCUUGUAGCUGAGAGAGAGGUGGAGUUUGUACUGCUUUUUUUGCUUGUUUGCUUAUACCCAGUCCGGAGGUGUUAAAUAGAGUGAUGGCCUAUUAUAUGAAUAAAUUUAAAUUUGUCGUUGCCUGUGUGAAACUCAA